GGAUUAUGCAGUUUGAAGCAGCUUCGAGUUCUGGAUCUAUGGAACAACCACUUCGCCGGAGAACUGCCGGAAUGUUUGUCCAAUUUGACAUCUCUACAAAUUUUGGACCUUUCAGACAAUCGUUUCACCGGAGACAUUUCUCUGUCCCCAUUGGGAAGCCUUAUGUCGAUUUCAGAAUUGCGGCUCACCUACAAUUCGUUCAAGAUUCCUUUCUCACUGUCCCCAUUUUCCAACCUCUCCAAGCUCAAAACCCUCUACGCCGACCACAACCAAGUUAUCUACAGCGAUGAAGGAGAGAAGAAUUCUGCAAAAUUCCUGCAGACUCUGUACCUCUCUGCCACCGAGGGAUACGGUGGUGACAACUUCCCUGCAUUUCUCCACCAUCAGCGGGAGCUGCAAGUGCUACACAUCUCGAACGUUCGGAUUGCGAACGAUGGGUUUCCAGCCUGGCUGCUUCGGAACAAUUCCAGGUUAAGAGAGCUCAACCUCGUCAAUGAUUCGCUCUCCGGCGGACUAGAGUUUCAGCCGCAUUGGAACCUGACCCAGUUGGACAUCUCCGACAACGACUUGGAAGGUCCGAUUCCGAGCAAUGUCUCGAAUUUCCUACCCAAUUUGUCCUCGUUAGUCAUGUCGAACAACGAUUUCGAUGGCGCGAUUCCGCCAUUCGAGAGCGGGAAGCUGAUGUACUUGGAUCUGUCAAACAACAAACUAUCUGGUACGUUACCGGGGACAUUAGCCAAGGGGUGUCCUUUGCUAAGGACGCUUGUACUUUCAGGAAACAAAUUGGAUGGCAGACUAUUGGAUUUUGAGUUGCAGAGUUUGAAGACAUUGAGAUUGGAUCACAAUCAAUUUCAGGGGAGCAUUCCAAUUGGGUUGUCUAGGAGCCCUGCAUUGAACUUCUUGGAUGUCAGCAACAACGAUCUCUCCGGUACGAUCCCUUCGUGGCUGUCGACGAUGCCAUCGCUCGACGUUCUGGACCUCUCGGGCAACGAUCUCGUCGGAGAGCUGCCUAGAGGGCUCCCUUCUCCCUGGAUGACACAGGUUUAUCUAUCGAAGAAUCGUCUCGUAGGACAGUUUCGGAUUGAUUCGAUCAGCGACGAAUAUCGACUGUUGAUACUGGAUGUCAGUCACAAUCGACUGUCCGGACCGGUUCCUAGGCAGAUUGACAAAAUGUAUCGAUUGAGGUACAUUCUGCUGAACAACAAUAGCUUCCAGGGGGAAAUGCCGAUUGGAAUGUGCAAGUUGGAGCAUUUGAGGCUCAUCGAUCUAUCGAGCAAUGGCUUCUCUGGAGACAUACUCCCCUGCAUCAAGACUCACGCACACUGGUCACGGUUGGAAGGAGAUGAUGAGAUUGGAUUCCUGGGAGCAGCGACGCCAGCAAUCGAACCGAUGGAGAUUACGACGAAAGCAUUUCCUUACUCUUACCAGGGCCGGAACCUCCUCCUGAUGUCAGGCAUCAACCUGUCUGGCAACAACUUUACUGGUGAGAUUCCCGAAGAAUUCGGGAACCUCACCAGCAUCAAACUCCUGAACCUGUCACACAAUGCACUCACCGGGUCGAUUCCGUCGACAUUCUCUAAAUUUGAGCAGAUCGAGAGUUUGGAUCUCUGUUAUAACAAUCUGACGGGGUCGAUCCCCGCACAGCUGGUGGAUCUUAACUCUCUGGCUGUUUUUAGCGUGGCGUACAACAAUCUGUCUGGGAGGACCCCGGAGAGGGUUGCACAAUUCGCGACUUUUAACGAGAAUUGCUACGACGGGAACCCUUUUCUCUGUGGAUGGCCUCUCCCGAAGAAAUGUACUCCGGGAUCCCCGCCGCAGCCAUCAUUGCCGACGGAGGAUGGGGACGACGUCGACGAUGGUGAGGUGAUCGAUACCGAGGUUUUCGUGUCGAGUUUUACAGUGUCGUUCGGGAUGGUGUUGGCCGCGAUCGCGACUGUUCUGUACAUAAAUCCGAACUGGAGGAGGAGGUGGUUUUACUAUGUGGAAAUGGUGAUGGAGGGUUGCUAUUACUUCAUGGUGGAUCAUCUUCCGGUGCCGGAGAAGUACAAAGUUUUGGAUCCCUCUUCUGGACGGCUGUCAUGGCAGUAG